CGAGAUAAUAGAGAAUGAUGCGUUCUUGUACAUCUUUUUCUUGAUUCAUGUAGUUUAAGGAGUUCAGGCAUUUUGGUUUAAGCGAGUGAGAUAUCGUUCUAGUGAUAUUUAGAGUAUAUUGUUUUGCUGGUGGAUUACUUCUUUGAUUAUAAUUGACACUAGAGAUACAUGGUUUUUUCUUUUUUACUUUGAGUUCAGGUGUAUGAUGUGACCCCGUUUGUGGAGGAUCAUCUUGGAGGCGAAGGGGUCUUAUUAUUCUCAAAAUGGUUUGGAUAAAAUCAAAUCUUACUGCAGAUAUAACAUUGGUUGCACUCUAGUCUAGUGUGGAUACGAAAACGGCAAGAUGAUCCUCCACAGUGAAACCAAAUCUUACUGAUAUUUUAAAUACCUACUAACAUGAGUGUGUGUGUAUGGCCUAAAUAAAUAUGGACAAUGGUGUGUGUACACAAUAUGAGUGUCCAUCUGGAUACUCAGUUUGCGUACAUCUUUUGUUGUACAUCUCCGAUUCCUAAAAUAUGAUGAACAUUUCUUCCUUUCAACAGCUCUUAUACAGUAGACAUUUUGAUCAAACAAUGCAAUAUAUUUUUGCUAUUAUUACUCUCAGUAUCUUGCACCAUAGGUUCACAAAUUCAAGAUGUAGUCAAAUUCAUGAAAAUGUACAUGUACACCGUUUUCUGUAAUCAUGCAAAACUACUUAGAUUUCAAUGCAUUAGUGAGUUCUUUUUCUGUAAACCUCCUCUUGGGAAUCUGAAUUAUUCAUCUCUGAAUGUUUCAUGUAGUAAGAAAAACCAUACACCAAUAUAUAAGAAACAAUUACAUUAUAGUCCAUUUUCCUAAUGAGAGUUAGAUAGUUUCGUCCAAGCUAAGACAUUCUAUUUCCAAGCACGAAUAUGACAUCAUUAAAACAUCUGCAAAACAUUGACUAGCAUAGCCUUACUCUUAGAAGACACUUCAAUAUAAACGAACAACAAGACAUGAUUAAAGAGGCCACACAUACAAAAAUUCAGACAACGAAAACAGAUUUACUAACAUACCAGAAUCUCAAGUUUAGAAUAUGACAAAAAUGGACACUUUACAUCUUUUUAACACUAAUUUUCAGGAAAGAAUAAAACAGACAAUAAAACUACUAAUCUUACUGUAUUUUGGGGAAAACUGAAAAUAGAGCCAAUGUGGUGGUAGAAAGUCGUCAUGGUGGUGCGUCUGGAGCUUCACCGGAGUGUUGUCGACUGCGCGGAAGAGAUGUGAUUAUGUUUUUCAUCAACCGGUGUUUGCCGACCGGAUCUUGAUGAAAACCGUGUAAAUAAAUAUUCUCCAGAGUUUAUAAAAUGUCUUUACAAUGUAAAUAAAUAAAUAAAAAACUGUAAAUCACUGUAUUCUCAAAGUCAAACCGAGUCUGGUUAUUUCUGUUCUGAUAUGUCCGGUCCGGAUAUUUUUGCCCCGGCUUAAACAUAACCCUAACCCUAACAAUAAAAAAAAAGCACAAUAAAAAAAAAGCACAAUAAAAAAAAAAGCCUUUCACCUUUUUCAUUUUUUCUUUCUCUUCAUCUUCCUUCAGAAUCCAGCCGCCUCUCUCAAACUCUCAAACUACCUCAGGAUGUCAGCAUUAACGUAUCAAGAUUCAGGGAUGUUCAAGGUUGAGCAAACCAUUGGAAGUGUCUUGUGUUGCAAGUGUGGUGUUCCUAUGCCACCAAACGCAGCCAACAUGUGUGUCAACUGUCUCCGUUCCCAAGUCGACAUCACCGAAGGCUUACAGAAGAGUGUCCAAAUCUUCUAUUGUCCUGAGUGUGGCUGCUACUUGCAGCCACCCAAGACGUGGAUCAAAGCUCAAUGGGAAUCCAAAGAGCUCUUGACUUUCUGCAUCAAGAGGCUCAAGAAUCUCAACAAAGUCAGGCUCACGAACGCUGAGUUCGUCUGGACUGAGCCUCACUCCAAGAGAAUCAAACUCAAGCUCACUGUUCAAGCCGAGGUUCUUAACGGAGCUGGUCUUGAGCAGUCUUAUCUCGUUGAGUAUACCGUUAGAGACCAUCUCUGCGAGUCUUGCUCGAGGUUUCAGGCUAACCCUGAUCAGUGGGUUGCUUCGGUUCAGCUUAGGCAGCAUGUUUCUCACAGGAGGUCUUUCUUUUAUCUCGAACAGUUGAUUCUCAGGAACGAUGCUGCUUCUCGUGCCGUAAGAAUCAAGCAGGUUCAUCAAGGGGUUGAUUUCUUCUUUGGGAAUAAAAGGCAUGCUGAUAACUUUGUUGACUUUUUGAGUAAAGUUGUUCCCAUUGAGUCUCGUCAGGACAAGCAGCUAGUGUCUCACGAUGUCAAGAGCAGCUUGUACAACUACAAGUACACUUACUCCGUUAAGAUUUGUCCUAUCUGCCGUGAGGAUCUUAUCUUCCUGCCUUCCAAAGUUGCUAGCGGGUUAGGAAGCCUUGGUCCGCUUGUGGUGUGCACGAGAGUUUCUGACAGAAUCACGCUGCUUGAUCCUAGAACCUUGAGGUGUGCGUUCUUGGACGCCAGACAGUACUGGAGAUCCGGGUUUCGAUCCGCUCUCACCAGCAGGCAGCUUGUGAAGUACUCAGUGUUUUAUGUGGAACCACCUGUUGGUGAAGCGACUGUCGGAGGGCAAAAGUACGCUCUAUCAUACGUCCACAUCGCACGUGAGUCAGUUGGUAAGAUGUUAACUGUCCAAACUCAUCUAGGACAUAUCCUUAAAACAGGAGAUCAAGCUUUAGGGUAUGAUAUCUACGGUGCAAAUGUUAACGACGAUUUGCAUGGGGGGCUUCCUGAAGUGAUUCUUAUCAAGAAAUGCUAUGACAAGGAGAGAGAGAGGAAGAAGGGGAAGCCACGUGCGUUUACGACCAAGAAGCUUCCGAUGGAGAUGGACGAGUCAAGAGGAGGACGCGGAGUUGAUCCAGAGAAGAUGGAGAAUGAAUAUGAAGAGUUUUUGAGGGAUCUUGAAGAGAACCCUGAGCUGAGGUUUAACGUAUCGUUGUACAAGAACAAGGAUUAUCAAGAGUCUGAUGAGACUGCUUCAAUGACGGAUGGAGAAGGUGCACCGACUGUGCCGAUUGAAGAGUUGCUUGCUGAGCUUGAGCUUAGUGAAGAGGAAGGCGAUGAUGAAGAGUACAUGGAUGAGUAAUUUUCCUUCUAAAACACACUCAAGGAUUGGCUUUGAUUGUAUGCUCAACAGUUUUUGUUCUAGCUUCAUAUUUUUCUGUGACCUAUUAUGGCUAUUAUUAUACUUUGUUUGAAAUUUUGA